AUGAGGAAUAUAUACGCUUUUGCCCUGCUGCUCAUUGCAGUCUCUGCAAACACCACCAGCGGUGCUAGCGUUUCCAGUCAGGGCCAACUCCUGUGCAAGAACAAGGCCAAUGGCAUUCGGGCCCUGGUGCCCGGCAGUUGCUCCAGGUUUUAUGAGUGUUACAACGGGGUGGCUACGGAAUACUCUUGUCCCAAGUUCUACGACUUCAGAAGCCGAAGCUGCGUAAACUACAACCCCGGUUGCACUGAGGGUGUUGUGGUUGCGCCAGUAGCCCAUCCUUCCGUCCGGGAUACCGCACAGCCGUGCAAGGGAGCCACCACCACGGCUCCACCUUGUCAAACCACCACUCCGCCCUGCGUCAAGCCCACCACCAAGCCUCCGUGCUCAGCCGCAACCACUGUGGCCCCAACAACGACGACAACCACUGAGGCACCAACCACAACGACAACCACAACAACUUGUGCCCCAACAACGACCACCACAACCACUGUGGCCCCGACAACAACGACUACCACUAAGGCUUCGACUACAACAACAACCACAACAACUUGUGCCCCAACCACGACCACCACAACCACUGUGGCCCCAACAACCACGACUACCACUGAGGCACCAACCACAACGACAACCACAACAACUUGUGCCCCAACAACGACCACCACAACCACUGUGGCCCCGACAACAACGACUACCACUGCGGCUUCAACUACAACAACAACCACAACAACUUGUGCCCCAACAACGACCACCACAACCACUGUGGCCCCAACAACCACGACCACCACUGAGGCACCAACCACAACGACAACCACAACAACUUGUGCCCCAACAACGACCACCACUACCACUGUGGCCCCAACAACCACGACUACCACUGAGGCACCAACCACAACGACAACCACAACAACUUGUUCCCCAACAACGACCACCACAACCACUGUGGCCCCGACAACAACGACUACCACUGAGGCUUCAACUACAACAACAACCACAACAACUUGUGCCCCAACAACGACCACCACAACCACUGUGGCCCCAACAACCACGACUACCACUGAGGCACCAACCACAACGACAACCACAACAACUUGUGCCCCAACAACAACCACCACAACCACUGUGGCCCCAACAACCACGACUACCACUGAGGCACCAACCACAACGACAACCACAACAACUUGUGCCCCAACCACGACCACCACUACCACUGUGGCCCCAACAACCACGACUAUCACUGAGACACCAACCACAACGACAACCACAACAACUUGUGCCCCAACAACGACCACCACAACCACAGUGGCCCCAACAACCACGACUACCACUAAGGCACCAACCACAACGACAACCACAACAACUUGUGCCCCAACAACGACUACAACAACUACUGUGUCCCCGACAACAACGACAACGACUGAGGCUCCAACUACAACCACAACCACAACAACUUGUGCCCCAACAACGACCUCCACAACCACUGUGGCCCCAACAACAACCACCACAACCACUGUGGUCCCAACAACAACGACUACCACCGAGGCUACAACUACAACAACGACUUGUACCCCAAAAACAACCACCACCACAACCACUGUGGCCCCAACAACCACGACUACUACAGAGGCUCCAACCACAACAACAACCACAACAACUUGUGCCCCAAUAAUCACCACCACAACCACCGUAGCCCCUACAACAACGACAACCACUGAGGCUCCAACCACAACAACGACUUGUACCCCAAAAAUAACCACCACCACAACCACUGUGGCCCCGACAACAUCAACAACGACUGAGGCUCCAACCACAAUAACAACCACAACAACUUGUGCCCCAAUAAUCACCACCACAACCACCGUGGCCCCAACAACAACGACUACCACUGAGGCUCCAACCACAACAACAACUUGUACCCCUAAAACAACGACUGUGGCCCCCAAAACAACAACAACCACUGAGGCUCCAACCACAACAACAACUUCUCCAACAACAACGACAACUACUGAGGCUCCAACCACAACAACGACUUGUACCCCAAAAAUAACCACCACCACAACCACUGAAGCUCCAACAACAACGACAACCACUGAGGCUCCAACCACAACAACGACUUGUACCCCAAAAAUAACCACCACUACAACCACUGAGGCUCCAACAACAACGACAACUACUGAGGCUCCAACCACAACAACAACUUGUACCCCAAAAAUAACCACCACCACAACCACUGAAGCUCCAACAACAACGACAACCACUGAGGCUCCAACCACAACAACGACUUGUACCCCAAAAGCAACGACAACUACAACCACUUGUGCACCAACAACAACGACAACCACAACAACUUGUGCCCCAACAACGACGACAACCACAACAACUUGUGCCCCAACAACAACCACAACAACUUGUGCACCAACAACAACGACAACCACAACGUCUUGUGCGCCAACGACAACCACAACAGCAUGUGGCCCAACAACUAAGACAACCACAACAUCCUGCCCUGACGCAGUGACAACAACCACUGUUUGCUCUGGUGAUGUAACAACAACCACUGUCUGUCCCACAGCCGCGAAGGCGGUGGCCGCCACUCACUCGAACCGCAAUCCCGUCCGCCGAAACCCCGUGCACCGUCUCCUUUGGGAAGUGGCUCAACUGGCGGGUUUCUCGUCCUCAGAAUCCAAGGUGCAGCUUAAGGUUUCCUGCUACGGCAAACCCGACGGAUUCAUGAUGGCUUCGCCCGAGCGGUGCAACGACUACUACAUCUGUCGCCACCAGCGCGCCUUGAAGGUCAGCUGCGGUGACCGGUACUUCAACGGACUGAAGGGCAUCUGCGAUCUCCCCGAAAACACCAGCUGUGUUCAGUCCUAA